AUGGAUAGUUUAUAUACCAACUUUUUACGUUUCCCCACCUUGAUUCAUGCCAAUUCUAAGCCCUCUCAUUAUCAAAACGAAAUGAAUUGGAGGUUUUACAACAAGGACUUAAAAUUACAUACUGGAUAUGCGGAUUUUAGAUACGGUGCAUUCGUUCCUCGAUGGAAAGUUCAAAAUUUCUUGACUCAAUUGGGUAAAAGUGGUCAAAGUAAAGAUAACAUUAGACAAGCCGAACACUAUUUUUCCAUCUGGAUGAACCAGUUCCCUUGGUUACUCAGUAAUCCUCCUCAUACCGCCAAUGGUUAUGAUGCCAUUCGUCAUUUACAACGCACUUUGACUGCAGAUACUUCUAGCUCACCUCAAGAUUACUUUGAAAGAGAAUCGGAACCACCUGUACUUCAACACCGGGAUGUACGUUCUUCUUGUUCCAAUGAUCGAUGCUUGUUUAUGACCAACAUGGAUCCCUUUGUUAGACCCGAACAAAUCCCUUUUGAUUAUCAAAAUAUUACCUCCAUCCCGCGUCUAGAAAACGCAUAUAAUGCAUUAUCCAAUGUACCACCUACCUUUGAGUGGGACGAGCAUUCGUAUCACAGAGUUGUGGAUAAUGAUCCCAAUACCUGCUGGAACACCAUCACAGGUCCCAAGAAGGGCGAUUAUUUUGGCUUGAUGCUGGUGGGAGCCACACGCACGGACAAGAUCACGAUCCUGACCCCCACGGCAAAUGAGAUAAAAAGACCCGAAAAGCAAUUAUCCGUUUCUGUGUUGACAAGUGAGAGUCAAUGGAUCCAAUGUAAAUCCACACUUUUACCACCAGCCGCCACCACAGGACGUAUUUCUUUAGGCUUAAAUUGUGGUAACGUAAAAUAUUUUAGAGCCAUCAAAGUGACCUUUACAAAAUCAUUGCAAAUACCUUUUGAAAUUUGUGGUUUGUCCUUGGAUCACUUGUCUGUAUAA